UCAGGGAAACCUAUUAUUAUCAAUGUGACUCCACGGGGGAGUCAAUGGUGAUGAGGAGGAGGAGGAGGAGGAUGAGGAGACACCUCUAAACUUGGAGCAAGUUUAAGACUUUGUAAGAGGAGAAGAAAAAACACCCACCAACAAGAUUUGUAUGAGGAACAAUUAUAACUAUCCAGUGUUGAUUUUUUUUUUUUUGGUAAACAAUAAGAAAAAGUUGUUGGAUUUUUUUUAAAUGUUUUCUUUUUUUGGGGAGGGCAUUUUGUUGCAGUUUUAUGGUGGAAAAUGCAAAACCCAGAGCCCAGUGCAUAAUCUUGUAAUCUGUGGAUAUCCCUGGAGCAGAACUGAGUACCACUCAAAGUACUUUUUGGGGGAUACACAUGUGAAAUACUAAAUACUUGCAGAAGAUUUUUGUCUGUCUUUUAAAAGCCUUUUUUUUUUCCCUUGGAAUAUUGUGAACUUAUUUGUGGCCAUUUAAGGUUUGUGUGAUUUUGCUAAAAUGCAUCACCAACAGCGAAUGGCUGCCUUAGGGACGGACAAAGAGCUGAGUGAUUUACUGGAUUUCAGUGCGAUGUUUUCACCUCCUGUGAGCAGUGGCAAAAAUGGACCAACUUCUUUGGCGAGUGGACAUUUUACUGGCUCAAACGUAGAAGACAGAAGUAGCUCAGGAUCCUGGGGGAAUGGAGGACAUCCAAGCCCGUCCAGGAACUAUGGAGAUGGGACUCCCUAUGACCACAUGACCAGCAGGGACCUUGGAUCACAUGACAAUCUGUCUCCACCUUUUGUCAAUUCCAGAAUACAAAGUAAAACAGAAAGGGGCUCCUACUCAUCUUAUGGGAGAGAAUCAAACUUACAGGGUUGCCACCAGCAAAGUCUCCUUGGAGGUGACAUGGAUAUGGGCAACCCAGGAACCCUUUCCCCCACCAAGCCUGGCUCCCAGUACUAUCAGUAUUCUAGCAAUAACCCCCGCAGAAGGCCUCUUCCCGGUACUGCCAUGGAGGUACAGACAAAGAAAGUUCGAAAAGUUCCUCCAGGUUUGCCGUCUUCAGUCUACGCCCCAUCAGCCAGCACUGCCGACUACAAUAGGGACUCGCCAGGCUACCCUUCCUCAAAACCAGCAGCCAGCACUUUCCCUAGCUCCUUCUUCAUGCAAGAUGGCCAUCACAGCAGUGACCCUUGGAGCUCCUCCAGUGGGAUGAAUCAGCCUGGCUACGGAGGAAUGUUGGGCAAUUCUUCUCAUAUUCCCCAGUCUAGCAGCUACUGUAGCCUGCACCCACAUGAACGUUUGAGCUAUCCAUCGCACUCCUCAGCAGACAUCAAUUCCAGUCUUCCUCCGAUGUCCACUUUCCAUCGUAGUGGUACAAACCAUUACAGCACCUCUUCCUGCACACCUCCUGCCAACGGAACAGACAGCAUAAUGGCAAACAGAGGAAGCGGGGCAGCAGGCAGCUCCCAGACUGGAGAUGCCCUGGGGAAAGCACUGGCUUCGAUCUAUUCUCCAGAUCACACUAACAACAGCUUCUCCUCAAACCCUUCGACUCCUGUUGGCUCUCCGCCUUCGCUCUCAGCAGGCACCGCUGUGUGGUCCAGAAACGGAGGACAGGCCUCCUCCUCUCCCAACUACGAAGGACCCUUGCACUCUUUGCAAAGCCGAAUUGAAGAUCGUUUGGAAAGACUGGAUGAUGCUAUUCACGUUCUCCGGAAUCAUGCAGUGGGCCCGUCCACAGCUAUGCCCGGUGGCCAUGGGGACAUGCAUGGAAUCAUCGGACCUUCUCAUAAUGGAGCCAUGGGUGGUCUGGGCUCAGGGUAUGGAACCGGCCUUCUGUCAGCCAACAGACAUUCGCUCAUGGUUGGGGCCCAUCGUGAGGACGGCGUGGCCCUGAGAGGCAGCCAUUCCCUUCUGCCAAAUCAGGUUCCUGUUCCUCAGCUUCCUGUCCAGUCUGCAACUUCCCCUGACUUGAACCCACCCCAGGAUCCGUACAGAGGCAUGCCGCCAGGACUGCAGGGCCAGAGCGUCUCCUCCGGCAGCUCUGAGAUCAAGUCUGAUGACGAGGGUGAUGAGAACCUGCAAGACGCCAAGUCUUCCGAGGACAAGAAACUGGAUGACGACAAGAAGGAUAUCAAAUCAAUUACUAGGUCAAGAUCUAGCAAUAAUGACGAUGAGGACCUGACCCCUGAGCAGAAGGCCGAGCGUGAGAAGGAGCGGAGGAUGGCCAACAAUGCCCGCGAGCGCCUGCGCGUGCGCGACAUCAAUGAGGCUUUCAAGGAGCUGGGCCGCAUGGUGCAACUGCACCUCAAGAGCGACAAGCCACAGACCAAGCUCCUGAUCCUCCACCAGGCCGUGGCCGUCAUCCUCAGCCUGGAGCAGCAAGUCCGAGAAAGAAAUCUCAAUCCGAAAGCAGCCUGUCUGAAAAGAAGGGAGGAAGAGAAGGUGUCCUCGGAGCCGCCGCCCCUCUCCUUGGCCGGCCCCCACCCUGCGAUGGGAGACGCUUCGAAUCACAUGGGACAGAUGUAAAAGGGUCCAAGUUGCCACAUUGCUUCAUUAAAACAAGAGACCACUUCCUUAACAGCUGUAUUAUCUUAAACCCACAUAAACACUUCUCCUUAACCCCUUUUUUUGUAAUAUAAGACAAGUCUGAGUAGUUACGAAUCGCAGACGCAAGAGGUUUCAGCAUUCCCAAUUAUCAAAAAACAGAAAAACAAACAAAAAAAGAAAGAAACAGUGCAACUUGAGGGACGACUUCCUUUAACAUAUCAUUCAGAAUGUGCGAAGCAGUAUGUACAGGCUGAGACGCAGCCCAGAGACUGAAUGGCAAUCCUUCCACACUGUGGAACAAUGCAUUUGUGCCUAAACUUCUUUUGGAGAAAAAAAAAUAUAAUUAAUUUGUAAGUCUGAAAAAAAAUAUUUAAUUUAAAAAAAAUUGUAAACUUGCAAUAAUGAAAAAGUGUACUUCUGAAGAAAACUACAUGAACGCUUUUGUUGGUAUUCAAGUCAGCUAGUGUUUAUAAUUCCUGGAGAUUGAAUAGGGAAGCUUGGCUGCCCUAGUAACAAAACCAGCAAACGUCCUGGCAGCGAAGUGAUGACAUUAGCCAUUCCUUAGGGUAGGAGGGACAGAUGGAUCUUAUAGACCUAUGACAAAUAUAUAUAUAAAUAUAUAUAUAAAUAUAUAUUAAAAAUUUAGUGACUAUGGUAAGCUUUUGUUCAUUUGUUUCAGACUUUUUUUUUCUCCUGUAAAAAAAUAGUACUGAUUAACUUUUUUAAAAGAAAGAUUUUACUGUAAAUAUGGAUUUUUGUUUUGUUUUUGUUUUUUUUGGUUUUUGGGUUUUUUUUGGUCUUCUUUCUGCCCCUUUCCCCGGUUUGUUACCAUAACCUGUAGUGCCAACUCUGCUUCUGGAGGGGGAUUGCAGGAGGAAACGCUGGCCCUGGUGUUGCUUCUCAUUCAUCAAUAAGUAGAAAGUUGUUUCUCUAGUCUUUUGGGAACGCAGGACUUAACAAGUCACAUCCCGUGUAGAUAGGACAAGCAGCAUUACCAGGACGCGGCACAAGGAGCCCGUCUGAGCUGUAGUGUUGCAUCCGUGACCCUAUUCUGGGAUUUUCAGAGGUACAAGGUCAGAAUGCUACAAAGUUACCACUGUGCCUUCCAAUGUUUAUAUCAUCGGAAACAUACAUAAUCAAAGUGGCUGUGAUUGAACACGAAGAUUCAAGUGUUACCUACCGUGUAGCCGAAGUAGUGUGCAGUGAGGCGUUUCUGAAUACAUGGUCAGAUUUUUGGAAAAAAAAAAAGACAAAAAAAACAAAAAACAAAAACAAAAUAAAAAAAAAUAAAGUUAAAAAACUGUCAAAUGAGAAAAUCGCAAGUAGUGUGACAGAGCUGAUUUUGUUGCUUUUUUUUUUUCCGAAAUGGGUUUACUAAAAAGUAGAUGACUUAACUGCCUCCUCCUUCGUCUAAAAAUGCCAAUAUUCAAUCAUCAUGCAGCAUUAUAAACAAGCCUUAUAAGUCCUAAAGCAUUAAGUUGCACUUUUUUUGAGGAGGGGUAGUGCAGUAUUUCUCUGGCCAGUAUGGAUGAAGUUUAUACUUAACAUAUUUGAUAGAAACAUAGAUCAAGCUAUGGUACAGCUACUCAUCAGAUAGCGAGCUUUGACGUCUGGGCACAAUUGAACCAAUUUCCAUUGUGAAUCUUUCUAAUGAUUGACUUUGGUGUAUAGUGCAGUAAACAAAUAGUGCUCCUAGUUAAGUAUUUGUCAGCAUCCUUUUGUCUCUAACUCAUUUCUGUUUUUACAGCCACACAAUCUUGGCAUGUAUUAAAAAACAAAAAUCCCAGUUCGAGUAGUUUCUCCACUUAUCAGCACUGAGUCAACGCCACAAACCCAUCGAAAUGGUCUAAACGUUCCAUCUGUUCUCCUGUUUUGCCAGUUAUAUAGUAACGAAAUACAUUUGUAAAUUUUAUGCAACAAAUGGCAAACGUAUCAUUAUUUUAAAAUUGUGUAUGUAAAAGUUAUAUUUUUACAUGUAGACUCUUGUUAUUAUGUGUUUUAAUACAUUGUAUCAGUUUUUGUUUUUUGGUUUUUGUGUUUUUUUUUUUUUUUAGAAAAAAACUGUGGUUUAAAAAAGUCUCCUUUAAAUGAAAUAGUGAGCUACAAGAAUCUGAAUUUUAUGUUCAUUUCUGAAAAUGUAAGAACAAAUAAGGUAGUUACCCACGUGGUCGUCCUUGACGGAACCCAUCACCAUUUGGAUUAGCUGUGUGUGUGUUGAAAACUGUAAAUAUGUUCAGUAGCGAUAAAACUAAAAUACGCUUUGAUUUGUGGAUAAGUUCCUGAAAUGUGGAGGUGGAUUAAAAUCUUAGCAGAAUAGCAGAAAUCAAACUUGAUGAAAAGUUAUCUGGGGCUUUCCUGUGAGAUAUACGAACAAAGAAGGACGUGGAAGACAGUGAUGCCGACCCUCCCCUCCUCUUGAGUAACCAUGUGUGCUUGUUCCUUCAGUACGUUAAUGAUUUCCUUUAGUGGUACAUUCUGCACUCUGUAUAGUCCACCAAGGCGGGUAUCCCUAGGAAUGCUAUUCAAUAGGAAGCAGGUAAACUCUGGUCACUUUCAGAUAAGUGUACAGAAGAAACUGUGGUGUGUACUCCAGGGAACUGGCAACACUCCCUGCGUUGAUGUACAUUUUAAAGAAGGGCACUUUUGAUACAUGUUAUCAUAAAGGUGCUUACUAGAGCUGAAUUAAAGUUUUUCAAAUCUGUAAACAAAGCAAAAAAUUAAAUUGUAGUCCUUUGCUUAUUUUCUAAAUCGGUGCUUUCCGUUUUGUUCUCAAACAGUAAAAGCUGCAAUUGACUGUUCACCAGCUUUGAUGUAUUCAUUACUCAGUAAUGUAAGACCUCUAUUGUUGAAUUCCCUUUGGAAAAAAGACUUUCUCAGCACCACCAGAAAAGGUGCUCACCACUGUUGGCUUGGUGGAGAAUCGUGAUCUGGACCCAUCCGUAGUCACUGGGUUAUAUCCCCAUGGAAAAAGAUAAAAGGGAAUGUGGCCUUUUAGUGUGUUAUUUUCUUGUCGUUGUUUUAUAAUUAUCAAACCCAGGUAAGAUAUUGGUAUCCUGCACUGGAUUUUCAGAUGAAAUUUAGCAAAAAACAGUUAGGAUUGAAGUACUAUACAGACAUUUCAUAAGGGUCCAUAUUCUAGUGUAUAGAUUUCUAUAUAUUGAUCAUGGCGACACUUAGGCUGGGUGUCUGUGUAAGAAACUUGGACUUCCAAAGCCACUUGGAACAGUUGAUCCACCUCCACAUUCAAGUAAUUUAUGAAUAUGCAGAAUAUAGGGAUCUGCUCAUCUAGAACUUUCUACCAUUUGUCUUCUGUGUAGCUGCAAGGAACACUAAUGUUUAUACAACUGUCAGUCCACCCACUGGUGCACUGCUUCUGGUUCAGUCUUCCAAUUCCUUUUUGUUUUUGUUUCUGAUUGUUUCUUUUUUUGUCCUUUGGUUUUUCCUAUCUUUUUUGUUAUUAUUAUUAUUAUUAUUAUCUGUGAUCUUUAUUUUGAUGAGAGCUUGGGGAGUUGGGAGGGGGUUCAUCCAAGACUUGGGAUUCAGGAGGAUUUUCAUCUUUGUAUCCAACAGACCAGAUAUGGUCUGUUUCCAGAAGUGUACUUGAGUCAGGAAUGAAACAAUUUCAGCAUAAACAAGCACAAAAAUUUAGUCUGCUGGCUGACUGGAAGCAAAAAAUAAUAAAUACAAAUACAUUUUUUAAAAAGUCAAGAUGGAAUAUGAGGAAUUCCAACACAAUGGGGCACCAAGGCCUUUAGGCCUCUCUUCUGAUUUUGCUUUGUUUGUUUGUUUGUUUGUUUGUUUUAGAGAUCUGCUCUUUCUCAUGGGACUUGAAGUGGACUCAUCUUUGUGCAGUGCUGGUUUUGCCAUACUCAUUUCAAGUAUUAUAGACAUAUGUAAUGGUGAAAAUAUAUGAACUGUGGCCUUUUUCAUUCUUGUUACUUGUGAUGCAAUUAAGUGAAGAUAAGAAAAAAAAAAAGCAGAGAUUUACCAUGUAUCAGUGCCUGGCUUUUUGUUAUAAAGCUUUGUUUGUCUAGUGCUUUUUUGCUAUAAAAUAGACUGUAGUACACCCUAGUAGGAAAAAAAAAACUAAAUUUAAAAAUAAAAAAAUAUAUUUGGCUUAUUUUUCGCAGGAGCAAUCCUUUUAUACCAUGAAUAUUACAAAAAAUUGUCAGAUUCUGAAUAUUUCUUCUUUGUAGAUUUUUGGAAUCAUUAUGAGUAAAAGUUUGUUACUUUAUUUUACUAUUUAAAAGAUGUUACUUCACCAUGUGUUACUGAGAUGAAACUGUAUGGUAGCUUUUUCUGUUUGUUUGUUUUGUUUUUGUUUUUGUUUGUUUUGUUUUUUAGUUGUAGGUCGCAGUGGGGAAAUUUUUGCGACUAUACACAUAGCUGCAGCAUUAAAAACUAAAAAAAAAAACUUGUUAAAAAAAGAAAAAAAGGGAAAACAAUUAAAAAAAAAAAGAUGAACAGUUACACCUUGUUUUCAAUGUGUGGCUGAGUGCCUCGAUUUUUUCAUGUUUUUGGUGUAUAUCUGAUUUGUAGAAGUGUCCAAACAGGUCGUGUGCUGGAGUUCCUUCAAGACAAAAACAAACCCAGCUUGGUCUAGGCCAUUACCUGUUUCCCAUCUGUAGUUAUUCGAUGAAGUCAUGUACAUGACCGUUCUGUAGCAAUAAAUGUGCCAUUUUUAUAAACUGUU